UGCGCGGACAUGUCGUCUGAGGAGCGUGCCCCUGCUGGCCGGAUGCACGGAUGAAUGACACCCACUAAAGUACACGUCUCGGCCACUCUUUUAUGUUUGUUUUUGCACAGUUAUAUCACAAUGGAGCCACUAGUGUCACUUUUUGGGCCAAUGGCAUCUCUUGGUGAUAUCAGCACCAUGCUGGCUCCGCACCGGGACGCGUCGUCUCCGGCUUGCCCGGGCAGAGGAGUUCUGCUUUGAGGGUGCACCAGCUCACUAGUCCCGCUGAGCACAUCCGUGGUGACGAAAAAAUGACGCCUACUCUCUGCAUCGUCGCUUGUAUGUUGACUUUAAUCCACGGUUGUGGUGGUGCCGACUCUGAGGAGCGCCUCAUGAACUGGCUGCUGGGCAAGAACCGCUAUAAUCCGCUCAUACGGCCGGCGGUCAACAGGACAGAGAGGGUCACCGUGAAGCUGCAAGUGUCCCUGGCGCAACUCAUCAGCGUGAAUGAAAGGGAACAGAUCAUGACCACCAAUGUCUGGCUCACUCAGCACUGGGUGGAUUACAGGUUAUCGUGGGACCCUGCCAAGUACGAAGGUAUCGACAAGCUGCGUAUCCCCUCCAGACACAUCUGGCUCCCUGAUAUCGUCCUGUACAACAAUGCCGAUGGGACCUAUGAGGUGACUGUCUUCACGAACGUCAUUGUCCUAUUCAAUGGCAGCAUCAACUGGCUUCCUCCCGCCAUCUACAAAAGCGCAUGCAAGAUCGAGGUCAAGCAUUUUCCCUUCGACCAGCAAAACUGCACUCUAAAGUUCCGCUCAUGGACCUACGACCACACCGAGAUCGACCUGAUCUUAAAGUCGGAGAUGGCCAGCAUGGAUGAUUUCACCCCCAGCGGAGAGUGGGACAUCUUGGCGCUGCCUGGCCGACGAACGGUCAACCCGUUGGAUUCCACCUAUGUGGACCUCACAUAUGACUUUAUCAUCAAGAGGAAGCCUCUUUUCUACACCAUCAACCUGAUCAUCCCGUGUGUCCUGAUCACUUCGCUGGCCAUCCUGGUAUUCUACCUGCCGUCUGACUGUGGUGAGAAGAUGACUCUUUGCAUUUCCGUCCUCCUGGCCCUCACCGUCUUUCUGCUUUUGAUCUCCAAGAUCGUUCCUCCGACCUCUCUGGAUGUGCCGCUGAUCGGCAAGUACCUCAUGUUCACCAUGGUGCUGGUGACCUUCUCCAUCAUCACCAGCGUGUGCGUGCUCAACGUCCACCACCGCUCCCCAAGCACGCACACCAUGCCCCCCUGGGUCAAGAUGGUCUUUCUGGUCAAACUGCCGGCCUUACUUUUCAUGAGACGACCUCACAAUAACACCUGCCGCCAGAGGUUAAGACAACAGCGGUCCCUACGGGAGAGUAGGACAAUUUUGCGCUUGGGUUACCCAGUUGGAAACAAAUCUGUUUUUACCAAACCAUCUUCUGCCUUGCUGUCUUCAGACUCUGCCUUCUCCAUCCCGGGACACAAAAAUGUGAUCCCUCCCCUGGGCUUUAGUCACCCCGGAAGGAAGGGUGACUUGCGGUCCAACGAUUGUCUUCCCAGUGGUUUAGCACCGUCUCAGGACCUCCAUCUCAGAAGCAACUCAGACUGGGCGAAUGAUGUCCAGGAGGCGGUGAACGGAGUGCGCUUUGUCGCUGAGCACAUGAUGGCAGAUGAUGAUGAUGAGAGUGUGAUUGAGGACUGGAAGUACGUGGCCAUGGUGGUGGAUCGCAUGUUCCUUUGGAUCUUUGUCAUUGUGUGCGUGGUGGGGACCCUGGGUCUGUUUUUACAGCCACUUUUUCAGAGUCAGGUAGUUCAGAACCAGCAGCCCACGUCGGAGAUGCCUCGCAUUUGAUGGUAAGAGUAGUCUUGGGUUUAGCCCAUUCUUUAGCAAAGAAUGCUGAAUUUGCAGACAAACUGAUGAAUAGACAAGUCAAUUUGGAAUUUGAGCGAGAUUCAUCAGGGAAAAUAUGUCUUGAAAGCUACACAAAACAAGUCUGAACCACCGUCAGGCAUGAUGUCCCUGAGCAUACCUCACUGGACCAUCAAACAUUUUAUGUCUUUUUAUGGCUUGCUUUGCAACACUUAUUCCAAACGAAGUAGCAGCCUCAGUUAGCUGACUCAUAAUCGAAGCAGUAAGACUCCAGCGUUGCCAUACGCAGUGACACUUCCUAUCAAAUUUAACAUAAAGCGUGUUGUGUUUUUACAUUUGACAGUGGUUAACUUCUUUUUACACUUGUGUGACACAUACAAAUGUUUUUAAUAAAUAUGACGUGUGAGGCUCAAGUAACGUCUGUAAUUUAGCUGUGAAUGUUAGUGCGAAUGGUUGUUUAUGCGUCAGUCCUGUGAUUGACAGGUGAUCAGUCAGCUGGUGGAGGCUCCACCCCCUUUGAGACUCCGAAAGCAUAAGCACUAAAGAGACUGAGUGGAUGUAUUACAAUGUGACGUGUGAUUACUGUGUGAAUACAUGUACCAAACG